GAGCGCGCAUGAAAACGGUCUUGGUGAGACCAGAGUCAUUCCCAUCACUCUCCGCCGGCCGGUCAAACCGCAGACACACCACAGGGAAACAGAAUGUUCCACAAGGAUGACCCUAAAAAGAAAAGCAUAUAAGGAAUGAUAAAACGCAUGAGGACGGUCGCAACAGGGGAGCGUAUCUGAUUUCCCAUGGGCGAGAGCGCUGAGGGGGUGAGCUCCUUCUCCUUCACCUGGUACCAAGGUACAAGUUGGAUGUAUGUCAAAGACGUGGAUUUCGGGGGACUGAAUAUUUUUAUUAAUUUGUUCAAUUAACGUUGUUGAACAUGGAUUCAAUUCUUUUCAAAUCACCCCAAGACGUGGCUGAAGGUCCUGAGCUGUCCACAUGCACGGAGACAUUUAGAAAAUAAGAAAACACACUACGCCUCUGUUUCAAAGACGUCAACCCAGGGAUUUCACUACCUGAGAUGAUUUAGGUACGUGGCCAAAAUCACUCUUGAAUGUUUUGAAAGCUGAGCGGUCGUUUUUGCUGUGUCCACACAAACAAACAUGCAAACUAAACCAAAAAACAGUGAACUAGUAUCUGGAUUAUAACAUGUCAGUAUAUAAAAAGAACAGUAAUUUUGAUGAGCUUUCUUACAUGUGAUGAAUUAGACAUGCAUCUCCUUGAUAUCAAAAUUGACUUUUGAGACUUUUGAAUGCCGUUUCCAGCGUACAUUUUUUUUUUUUUUUUGGCUCACCACUCAGGUGGAAAUGUUGGCAGUAGACUGUUCUACGUCCAUCCACUGGGAGCUAAGCUCAAACAAAUGAAAAAAAUAAAUGAAAUUAAACGCAACACCUAGCAGCCGGGGUGGAUCAUAGAUACAGGCACCAAUAUAAUCGCAUGGACACGCCUCGAGGAUCAUUAAACAAAUCAGAUAAACGCAGCGCGAAAACCAUCAAUAGAAAUUAUUGAUGAGGUGGUAUAUAAGGCUAAUGAUUGGCCAAGCCUCUGUUUACUCAACAGCUCCGCAACAAUAUGGUGUGAAACUUUUGCUCAUGGCUUGACAACAGGCAUGCAGUAAGAGGAGAAAACGGAAACAAUGACUUUACUUUUUAUGUAAUUUUUAUUGCUGCUUUAUACCAUUCCAUGACUACAGUGCUGAGUGGAAGAAUAAUUGCAAACAACAGCUGGAAUAUUCCUCCUCAAACUAGAAUGUCUGCUGCCUGUACUGCUGCCGCAGGAAUUUAUGAACCAGGCAUUUUUGGGGGGCACAUUUCCGAAGAGAUUUUUUUGAAAUAUUUAUAGCAGUUCUUGUGCAAGGAUGGUGGUUGUGACAAGGAACCUAUGGAUGACCCAGCCUGUGGGAGAGCUGGUGCCGAGACAGUUGACCUCUCUACCAGCUACGCCGUCAGUCUAAAAUUCCUCCUUAGAGAGGCACAGCUACUGCAGGUUGGGGAUGUGAUGGGGUGACUGUUGACACCCCCUCACCCAUCCCCUCUCUCGUUUUAUUAGCAGUGUAAUAUAAACAAUGGAUCAGAAUUUCACAACGGUUCGAGAUGGCAAGCAGCUGCUACCAGAGAAAGACUCGUCCAAGCGUGUGCUGACAGGGUGCUUCCUCUUCCUCCUCAUCUUCACCACGCUGCUAGGCAACACACUUGUAUGUGUUGCCGUCACCAAGUUCCGACACCUGAGGUCGAAGGUCACCAACUUCUUUGUUAUCUCCCUGGCCAUCUCUGACCUUCUGGUGGCCAUCUUGGUUAUGCCAUGGAAAGCAGCUACUGAGAUUGUGGGGUUUUGGCCAUUUGGUGCGUUCUGCAAUGUAUGGGUGGCGUUUGACAUCAUGUGCUCCACUGCUUCCAUCUUGAACCUGUGUGUGAUUAGUGUCGACCGUUACUGGGCCAUCUCAAGUCCAUUCCGCUAUGAACGCAAGAUGACCCCUAAAGUGGCAUGUCUGAUGAUCAGUGUGGCGUGGACCCUGUCCAUCCUCAUCUCCUUUAUUCCUGUUCAGCUUAACUGGCACAAAGCUCAGACCAUCAGCUACGCAGACCUAAAUGGAACAUACCCAGGCGAUCUGCCCCCUGACAACUGCGAUUCUAGCCUUAACAGGACCUAUGCUAUCUCCUCCUCCCUUAUCAGCUUUUACAUCCCUGUAGCUAUUAUGAUCGUCACCUACACCCGGAUCUACCGCAUUGCCCAGAAACAGAUACGGAGAAUAUCUGCCCUGGAGCGAGCGGCGGAGAGUGCCAAAAACCGUCACAGCAGCAUGGGGAAUAGUUCGAACAUGGAGAGUGAGAGCUCAUUCAAAAUGUCGUUCAAACGAGAAACCAAAGUCUUAAAGACGCUCUCAGUCAUCAUGGGAGUGUUUGUGUGCUGCUGGUUGCCCUUCUUCAUCCUUAACUGCAUGGUUCCGUUCUGUGAGACGAACUUGCCGGACGGUUCCACAGACUUCCCCUGCAUCAGCUCCACCACCUUUGAUGUGUUUGUGUGGUUUGGCUGGGCAAACUCCUCACUCAACCCCAUCAUCUAUGCCUUCAAUGCCGACUUCCGCAAGGCCUUCUCCAUCCUCCUGGGCUGCCACCGGCUCUGCCCGGGGAGCAACGCCAUUGAGAUCGUCAGUAUUAACAACAACAUGGGUGCCCCUACCUCGAACCCAAACUGUCAGUAUCAGCCCAAGGGUCACAUCCCAAAGGAGGGCAACCACGCAGCCAGCUAUGUGAUCCCUCACAGCAUCCUGUGUCAGGAGGAGGAGUUACAGAAGAAGGAUGGAUGCGCAGGGGAGAUCGAGGUAGGGAUGGUAAACAACGCCCUGGAGAAACUCUCCCCAGCCAUUUCUGGGAAUUUAGACAGUGACACUGAGGUCACACUGGAAAAGAUCAAUCCCAUAACACAGAAUGGACAGCAUAAAGCUGUGUCAUGUUGAAAAAAAAGGCAAAGAUGGAUCAGAGUACACUAAGGCAUGUAAGUACGUACUAAGAGAAGAAAAGCUUACACAGGAGGACAGCAAAAAAAAAGAGACAGACAUCUUAAAGAACAUGCCUGACAGGGAAACAGUUUGUGGGAUAUACAGGACCAUAAGACUGUCAACAAAAAUCUACGUGGAAAAACCGACAGAAUGUUUUAAAGUAAAGGCACUUUAUCCUGGAUAUAACUAUCUGCAAAAUACAUUCAGCAUUUAUUAAUGAAAUUGACACAUUUGAUGAUAAAUGUUGAUAAUGUCAAUAUUAAAGCAGAACACUAGCUAGGUGCACAUGUAUACAUUUUUUUAUAUUUACAAAAAUGUAUACAUCUGCAUGUGUAUACUAUACAGUACUGACACAAUCCUGCAAGGACUCUAACACAGUAUACACAGUGGAGGAAUAUGUAGUAACUAUUAGCAAAAUGUCUUGUAGGUAGGUGCUUUGUAUGUGUUUCAUGGAGGAGAGAACAAUGUGGGUAAAUUAGUGGUUUUGGUACAGUACGAUUAGUUUAUUGCAGUUAUUUCUCUUACAUUUUUAUUGACAGUUUUAUUGCAAAACACCUGUAUUGCAUUGAUAAUUUAUUUGAGUUAAAACUGCUUCAAACACCAAAGUUACAAUAUUCUGAUUCAGACUUAAAAGGCAGGGGACAUAUAAUGGAAUUCAAUACUGUAAACCAAGUUGUCAUAUAUUUUUAAACAUUUAAUUUUUGCAACCCCCCCCCCCCCACCCAUGUUAUCUUGCAGUAUCUCCAGAUUUUUAUAAAAUCUGAUAUGUUCAGAGGUCCAACUGUGUGUGUGUGUGUGUGUGUGUGUGUGUGUGUGUGUGUGAGAGAGAGAGAGAGAAAGAGAAAGGGGGGGGGGGAGUCAUGGUCUACUUUUCUUCCCUUGUGUCCUAUCCUAUCCAUUCCAUCCUCAGUUGUGCCCACCUGGGACCAAUCAGACUGGCUCACCUGAAGUUUCUUCCAUUUCUUCUCUUCAGUCCCUGUUUUCAUUAGCUUUGUCUUCCCCUCUCUGCCGCUCUUCAGCAAAUCCUCUCUAGGGGACCUGUGGUCUCCUCUCCUUUCCAUUUUCCUGUUCUCCUUUUUUCAGUCAGCAAAGUUCCUUCCCCUCCUUGUGCUGCCCCUAUUUCUUCAGUGUUGUCAACCUCUUCCCUCCUUUCUCCUCUCCAUUGUUCCCUCAGUCAGCAUGGUCCUUUACAUCUGCACCAUAUCUUGCAUAUAUGGUUUUCGUCUGCCUCCUCCUCACCAUUUCCUUUGGCAGCCCUCCAUUUUAAGUCCUUUCUCUGACCACUUAAAGGGGCACUAAUGGUUCUAAUUUUGGCAAAUGCUGUGAGUCCAUAAUUAAAAAAAGAAUGUAAAUCUGGAAACUAAAACACCCGCACUUGGACAGAGAAGGCAGAGAAACAGUAGCAGAGUUUACUCAGCCAUAAUGCAAGUGACACUUCGUGACCUUUUGCAAACUUGCAGAUAUCUGAUUUUAUAAAUUGCUCAUGCUGGGAGCCAUUCUGUGUUGUAGCGGCCAUGUGGAUCAUACAGUGUGACAGUUGCUCUGCUUGCAGGGGUGAAGUUCAAGAUAAACCACCAUGAUGAGGAUAACCUCAAGAUUUUGGACAUAUUUUUAUCACCUCUGCUCUCCCUGUAAUUUGUUUUUGCACUGUAGAUUUUUUUUAAAUAAAGACACAGCAAAAAUUACAAUUUAAGUUUUUACGUUAGUCAAAAAAAUAUUUUACAAAAGGUAGAGUAAGUCAGUCCUACCUGACUUACUCUACCUUUUGAAAUGCUUGUGAAGAGUGUUACUGAUUUUAUGCCACAGAUUUGCUGUUAAACUACAUUUUAAAUAUACCUUUCAAUUGACAUGUUUGUCCUCAGCAUCAGUCUUUGCCCUGAUUGCAUUGAAAUUUUACAGUUACUUUACAAAAUGUAAUAGUUUGCAAUAGUUUGAGUUUCAAGUGAGACUAUGUAACAUUUGCCUAACAUUGACAAUUAGUGAAGGUUAUGUGAUAAUGGUAAAUGCUAUAACAUAGUGUAGCAGUAGUAGAUAGAGUAAUCAAGUCAUGGAAACUGACUCUGAAAUUUCCGUUAUACAGCUAAAUUGAUCUAAGGGUUGGUGACUUUAGCUAGCAUUAGCCACCAUAAGCUAGCCCACUGGUGAUACCAGACCAAGUGAGGCUGUAGCUGCCAAACUCCUGAGUGUAUUUAAUUAAGCAAUGGUGUAUUUCAUUGCUAAUGCAUUCAAAUUUAAUUGGUAAAAGGGAAAAUGUGUUGUUCCUUCUUUCAGAAGUUACAUAGCCUUGCUUUAAGUUUCAGUUUUAUGUAUAUUUACCUGCUAAAAUCAAACAUAAGGACAGAGAACAUGAUUUUAAUGUAGGGAGUGGGGGAAAAAUGACCUAUUCAUUACCUCUACCUAAAUGAUUAAAGACAGGAACAAUUAUGUCAAAGAUAUAUGUAGUUCACACUUUUAUUCUAAAGUUUGACUAAACUUUAAUUAAACUGUAUAUUUUUUCAGAGUUUAAAUAAAUUAAAAGUGUGCCACAUAUUAUUAUCAGAGUCAGACAUAAUUAGCUCUCUAGUCGAAGCCUAUACAGCUAGUUUUCUGUUCAGUUUAGUGUUGCUGGGGAAAGAAUGCUUUCUGACAUUGUAUGCUGAGCGUCCACCGUGUGCUGUGUGUGUCUAUGAAGGCGUGAAACUGUUGCACAUCAGGGAAAGGAAGAGCUGGGCCAAUAGAAAGCAAUUGGUCUUGAACGAAGCAUUUGAUUUUCCUGCUCUGGAAAAUCCAAUGCUAUCUAGAUGGCAUUAUAGGGAGGGGGGCUUUUAGCUCAAUAUGUGGCUUGGCUACUGACACAAAAGCAACUCAAUGUCCUUUUUGCCUCUCUGUCCUCGGCGCCUGCCAGUUGCUGCUCCAUUAAUCAGAAAUGGACAUUUAUUAGCUGGAAUUUAGAUUCGCUAUCUUUUUAUUAUAAUUUGAUAAGAUUUUGUGCUUAAAUUCUAUUUGAAGUGGCACAAUAUACUAAAACUCCACCUUCUAAGUCCUAUGCCUUUUAGAAAUCCUCAACCAUAUCAGCUCAUUGACCCACCCAUUUUGUUCUUCAUCAGUUACUCUUAAUUUACUUCCUAAUUAUUUCCAAACACAAGCCAGCUCAAAAAUCAGGAAAAGUCAGGAUUGGACAUGCAAGGAAACUGCCUUGAUGAAGAUUUGGCCCUCCCCUUCACACCCACGCUCUACCAUCCUUUUUCUCUAUCUCUUUUUCUUUUCUCUUGGCUGCCUCUGUCGACUUGAUGAGCGUUCCCGAUGUUAACACAGAUUUAAUUUAUUAUUGAACAGACAAGGCUUACUGUUUCCCUUCUGUAGUUUAAAUCAGAACACUGAAUCAAAGCCCCACCUGGCUGUUUUAUAAUUAAAAUUAUUAUUAUUAUUAUUAUUAUUAUUAAUAUUGUUGUUGCCAAAAUUUAAAUGUUUGGCUGAAUGUGGCUUUAAUGUAGGUUAUGCUGUGAUUUAACCAGUGUUUUAUAAGCUGAAACUUGGGGGAUAGGGGUACUAAUUAUAUAGAGAUUAAUCUGCCAUUUGUUGUGACAUCAUCGGCAAUUACAGGUUUACCAUAUGUUUUCUCGUAUAUGCUGUAUGUACACAUUUAUAGAAACAUACCUCUGGCUGAGAAUUGAAGUGCUGUAAUGUAGCUCCAUGUAACCCCCCCGAGCCCUCACCUUGUCAACUUGGUGAGUCAUAUUUCCAGAUGCCACUGCUUUGAUUUUGGAGAAGGGCGAUGUCAGGCAACAAUCCCACAAGCGAAAUGUUUUGUUUGAUCCGGAGCAUUUCCUGUAGGCUGCCCUACAAGUUGCUUUGGGGAGCUGUAGUGACAGUACAAGGUCCCUCAAUCAGUGUAGUGACAUGACAUAUGACAACUUAAGCAAAUCUGACAGUGCAGAAUCUCGGAUGGCGGGCCAAGGGACACAGCAGACGCUGGGCUGAACAACACUCCCAGGCUCUGGGAAUGUGGAGGCAUUUUAAUGACGAUGUUUCAGCUUAGUUAAACUGUCUAGGAUAAUGACGGAGUCCCUACCUCGACAUCGAUUCAGUAACAAAGCUUCAUGUAAAAAAAUUAAAUUGCAGUAUUUAGGGUUGGGGAGUGCAGGGAUAGAGUAUUGUACAAUGAUGUUAAAAAUGUAGUUAUGAUGAACACAAGUGCUUAUUAUCUUCAGAAAUCCUUAAUGUGUGUAGCAAACUUACAUGCAGUAUGUUUUCUCCUGUAUGGGAUUCUAAUUUACAGUAAGAUGCAACAUUCACUGACUAUAUAUUUAUUUAUUUACAUGUUUCUGUAAAUGUUCAUUCAUGAAAGUGAUGUCAAAGAUUAUAACCCUCAGAAUAAUUACAGUAUUUAGUUUACAGUUUGUACAAAAAAAUGUGCCCUUCUUGUAAAAUAAACAUGUAUGUAUUUUUUUUUUUCAAUUGCGCUCACUGAGUUGUGUUUAUUUGAGAGGAUGUGAGUGGUGUUGUGCCUUUGACACUGAGUGGGUAUGGGAAGAUCAUGUCACUGAAGAGGAUCGAUGGAGAUUGAUUUUGAAUAGUGACGCAUAUUUUUUUCCAGCUCCCUGAGCCUGGUGUCCUCACUGUGUUCCUGCUUUCGCCCCGCAUUUACAUAACCUGACAGCCACUUGACAGUUGACACAUCCUCUUCCUCUACUCUCUUACCCACUUCAUUUGUUAAGUUAAACUUGGGGACAAACACAUACAGACCCAAAUGCACACACAGUAACAUUUCAAGAGCUAAAACCUAUAACAAUAAAGGAACAAAACACACAUUCUUGACAAAUAAAGCUGCACGUGAUUAAAGGAAAAAAACAUUUGUGAGAGUGAUACCCAAACAAAACAGGUCUUGCGGUAUGGUCUCGUUCGGGAAGUAGCCUGUACUUGUCCCUGUUAGAUGUGCAAUACGUUAAAGAAUUGCGUUUUGUAUUUAACUGUCUGAAUUGGAUUUAGCACACAGCCAUGGACGUCAAUAGGCCUAUUAUAGGGGGACUGAAGCUACCCUAAAAUGGUCCUAAGCCACCCAAAAUAAAAAAUAAAAAUAAUUAUUGGAUUUAGAUAUUAUUUUUAUAGUGCAGACAUUUACUCAACACAGAGAAGCAAGAAUAAUGUUAAAUACUAUAGAAUAAUACAAAUAUAAUUUGUAUUUAUAUGCUUAAAAUAAUCGUUGUGGUUGUUUCCUCUGCUUCAUAAUUUAAAUGCCUACUGGAGUCGGGCACUAGGACCCUGAGGGAGGCUGCGUUUCAUCGCUGCUCUGCUGAGCUGCUU